ACAGUUUAAAAAAAAACAAAAAAGAAAACCAGCAUCAUUAAAAUGCGUUUAACGCCGUUUUUUAUAAGUUUUGGUCUGAUAUCAGCCAUAAUAAUCCAAACAUCGGGGUCUCCAAGUAGCAAUGACAACGACUAUGAACCGCGUCACUUGAUGAACGAUCAAUCGUCUUUUUUCCAGUCACAAUCGGACUCACCAUUUUCCAAACAGCUAGCGGGACUUAGCACGAAGCGAGCGGGACGUAAUAAGGAUUGGAAACAAAAUGUUGAUACAAAAUCCGAAUCAGACUCAGCUGCUGAUUCGCUGGCGGAAGAUGAUUCCGAAGAUGAGGAUGGUUCCACGGAAUACUAUGAUGAAGAGAGUGAUGAAAGCAACAGUAGUGGCAGCAACAGCGAAAGUGGCAGCAAUGAAUCAAUACCACGUUUGUUGUCACAAUCAGCCUUUCAUCGCAUCUCAGAAACAUUGGGUGCUUUAAAUACUGUGGGUCAUAUGCUGGUCGAUACAAUGCGUGGACAAGAUGCAAAAUCAGACUCGGAUACUACAACAGCUACAAGCACAACGACAACAACAACGUCCGCAAUUCAGGGUGCAGGUGAAGAAUCCUCUAAGGUUUUAACUUUAUACCCAGAGGAGAACUCCAUAAUACAAGAUACAAGCUCAUCAGAUAUUCAAAUAGCUAAUAAAAGAAUUGGCCAAGAAGAGCCUAUUAGUAAGCCCAUGUUUGUGGAGAAUAAGGAGAUUAAAAAGAGAAAGAAAAAGAAGAAGACCAACAAGAAUAAGGUGAAGAAACCCUCGCAGGAUUUACAAGUAAAUUCCACUAUUCUUACUGGUCUACCCACCACCUUGCGACCUGUGUCCGCCAUCAUCACAACAUCAGUUACUACCUCUAGACCUUACGCAGAUUCUGUAGCAUUAGCCACAGAUGAAUCUACAGCCAAAGAUGUAGAAAAUCGUUGUAAAACUCCCACCGGAAGACCAGGACGUUGUGAAGAUUUAAGCAGCUGUCCGGCUUUACUGUUAAAUCUCAGCAGUUUACGCGAAUCGUUAUGUUUCAAAAGUCUUUUUGUUCCGGGCGUAUGCUGUCCCCUGCCCGACACUCCAACAGUAUUAACCACACAAAGACCUCUUAAACUAACUACACGAGCACCCACCACUGUCGCAACUACCACCAGAAGACCCACAAAUCGUCCUUCUUCACCCAGUUUGGUACUGAAGCCUCAUGGCAAACCAUCUACUACAACAACAACGACUACCACAGAAGCACCUUUAGAUCCCACUGAUUUAGAACUUUUGGGCUCAAACAGUAUUGUGGAUGCUGACGAAUGUGGCCAGCAAGAAUAUUCAACAGGUCGUAUUGUAGGCGGUGUAGAGUCACCCAAUGGUCAGUGGCCGUGGAUGGCGGCGAUAUUCUUGCAUGGUCCUAAGCGUACAGAGUUUUGGUGUGGUGGCUCGUUGAUUGGUUCUAAAUAUAUUCUGACAGCUGCUCAUUGUACCAGAGAUUCGAGACAGAAACCAUUUGCUGCCCGUCAAUUCACUGUACGUUUGGGCGAUAUAGAUCUUUCAACCGAUGCCGAACCCUCUGCACCCGUAACAUUUGCCGUCAAGGAGGUGCGAGCCCAUGAACGAUUUUCACGUAUUGGUUUCUACAACGAUAUUGCUAUUUUGGUAUUAGAUAAACCUGUGCGUAAGUCCAAAUAUGUUAUACCCGUGUGUUUACCCAGGGUGGGACGCAUGCCGCCGAAAGAACGUUUGCCCGGCAGAAGGGCUACUGUGGUGGGCUGGGGUACAACAUAUUAUGGCGGCAAGGAAUCAACAUCGCAGAGACAGGCUGAAUUGCCGAUCUGGCGUAAUGAAGAUUGUGAUCGUUCUUAUUUCCAACCCAUAAAUGAGAAUUUCUUAUGUGCGGGUUAUUCGGAUGGUGGUGUAGAUGCUUGUCAGGGUGAUUCUGGUGGCCCACUUAUGAUGCGCUAUGACUCACGUUGGCUGCAAUUGGGCGUGGUAUCGUUCGGUAAUAAAUGCGGUGAACCUGGUUAUCCCGGUGUGUAUACGAGAGUCAGUGAAUAUUUGGAUUGGAUACGUGAUCAUACAAAGGACUAGUAAUAAUUAGUUUUAUAAAUGUGCUCAAGAUGUGUUCUUAGCGUAUUU